AUGCCUUUGCCCGCCGUUUUGCCUUUGCCUUCUCUCCUCCUCGUCUGCCCGCCCUCCAUUCGCUUGUCCAGCCUGUCCGCCCUUUCGUCCCCCCAGUACUCCCAUGUAGGGGCCCUUGUUUUUGCGGCUUGGAAACUCCCCAAUCAUUUCCCUCUCCCACCCCGACGGGUCGGCACUCCACGCCAGCUCUGUUUGGUCUUGAUCCCCCCGAACGCCGAAUAA